GGGUGUGAUCGCUUUUAAAACAAGGCAGAUAUUCAGGGUGAGUCAUUCAUAUGGAAGCAGUGCAAACGUGAAAACAGCCCUGUUAUUGUCCCAGAGAAACUCAGGAAACUUUGGGGUGGUUUUCAGGACACGAUGGAUUCAAAUAUUGUCUCUCUGUUGUAUGGGAUUAUUCUUGUGACUGGAAUGAAUAUCGCUAGGACAUACGCGCAGGGAGUUGAAUGUAAGAAAGAAGAAUUCUGGAAUUCUGAUGCAGGCCAGUGCUUGCCCUGCUCUACAUGCAAACAAUUUCCAAAAAUCCCAUCGUGUGACACAUGCACUGUAAGCGAUGAAGCCUCAUACACAUGGAAACUCGCUGCCAUUUCCAGUUUGUCUGCACUGGCAGUCGUACUUGUUUCUGGAGUGUUGCUGGGAGGGGUCCUGGUGCAUCAAUACCGGUCUAGGAUGAGAAGAAACCUACGUGAGCCUAUUGAGGAGACUACAGGACCUCUUUAUCAAGUAUAACUAUUUCAGUAGGCUUUGAGUUGGGGAACUGGGACUGGCACAGAUGGAGACCAAAGCUGGAAUGUCACACCAGUCAACUCAAUCUUGGACUCAAUUAUUUUUCUUACCAGGAGGGGACCACUGAGAUUUACUUAGGGCAGUUUCACAUUAUUUUACAUUAUUUAUUCUGAAACUAUAUUAAAUUAUAAUUCCUGACAUUUUCAUAUUUUCAUAAUAGUCAAUAUUUGGAACAAGGCAGUUUGUGAACACAGAUACUGUAAUAUCCCUGGAGGAACUUUGGAUAGUGAAGAGAUUAAUCUCAGUCUUUGGUCAAUUUGAUGAGCGCUGUAUUCUUGGGGUACCAACUGUGAGUGCACAGACCAUAGACCGUAUAAAAAUAUGGACAAAGUGCUUCAUGAUAUCACCCACUGAUUUGCUAUGGUUAGUGCUCACUGGCGCAUGAAACCCAAACUAGGGCGCAGCCACAUUGCCCGCAAGCACAGUGGAGCGAAAGAGUGGAGUCCACAACUACAGGAAAAUCCACCCCGACUACCUUAAAUGGUAAUUAGACACACCCAUGUCUGGCCUUGCAACCACAGAACUAUACUGUCAUAACAUUUCAAAAAAGUUAAUUGUGCAAGAUACGUUUAGUGUUAAGAUAUUUACAUAGAAAAAUAGAUUAAAUAGAUCACUAGCUAACUAGCCACCUGGUUAUACAGACAGAUAGAUAACAGAACUCUAGAUAGCUAGACAGAUUUAUCACGAGAUAACUAGCUAGCAAGUUUGCUAGAUAGACAGAUAGAUCGAUAGCAAGACAGUAAGCUUGCUCCCCCUAGCUAAGUAAAUCCCCCUAGCUUAUCUUCUUAAAGCUGCUUCAAAUCUGCUUACAAAUUUGAAUUUUGGCGGAAUUAUUUUUAAAAAUCAGACACAGGGGAGACAUUACAAGGGAUAGGAUUAACUAGUUAAACCAUCAUUUCUUGUGUAAAAAAUUUAUUGAUAUAUUUCCUCUGAAAAAAUUGGCCCCUUUUCAGGCUUUCCCCAUUGACUUAACAUUCGGUGGGCAGGAUUUCAAGUUCUGUUUGCAACCAGGCGUUGCAGUUCACGCAGUAGCCACUGGGGUAAAAGGCUUCACUAAUAGAGGCAAGUUGUUGCCCCUUGGCACAGACAAAAUAUCAACAGCUAUUCACUGAGCUCGCCUUAUUUAUAUUUUCUGCCAUGAGGUAAAAAAGAAGAGUGGAUUACAGUGAUAUAGUCUUUGUAGUCUUUAAGAUUCUUCUCAUACACUCCACAGACAUUUUGUUCUUACUGAUUUUCUACACCUUGUACGAUGAAUAUCCGCCGUACAUUUUUGCCUGUAAAAACUGACAGGACAACCUAUUAUGAGACUGAGGGGAAUGUUAAGGGAGUAUAAGCGCAAACAUUGCAUUUUCCCAGUAAUAUUGCUCAUAAUUUGCUUGUACUUUGGAUGAACUCCAAUCAAAACUCACGAGAACUGAGUAUUUUCUCCUCUGUUGCAUAGUUAUUUAACAUAUUGCACAUCAGUAUGCAAUAUAAGGAUGAGUGUAAAUGACUCAUAACACACUGGAACUGCCAGUUGACUGCUGUGCUUCUUAGUAGUCAUCAGUCAUUCUGUUUAAAUGACAAAACGUCAAGAUCAAAUAGUCAACAACUGAGAUAUGGGAGUGGUAUGAAAAUGAAGUGCCUUAACUGCUAUUUACCAACAAAGGAAGCAAUAUUUUAGUGGAAAGUCCAUGUUUUGGCAAUGGACUAAGCACAGCAAUGGUAGGUGGUAGAUACAAUUAUAAUGAAGCCCAAAAUGGCCAUCAACAGUUGUAACUAUUAGCACAAAUUAUAUGGAUAAAAUAUAGGUCUCACAAGUGUCCUGCUUUUAUGUACAUAUUUUUAAAAAGUUGUUAUUGGAGAAAAUGAAGGACAUUUCUGGCAUUCAAAUUUGUUGUUAGGUUAACAUUGCUUAUUGGCUGUAAAUGUGCCUUGUCGGCAAUUGCUCAUGUUUGUAUUUAUGAGACUAACAAUGUCCACUUCUGUAUGUCACUCUGGAUAACAGUGUCUGUUAAGUCACUGUAAUGCAAUGUAACGCAAUGGGCCUGUAUUUAACAAAUUCUUCAUACAUUUCAAAGAAAUAGAAUAUCUUUUCAUUUCACACCCACAUGUUCUUGUGGCAUGCAGUGUCUCCUGGAACAAUUCUAGUACUCAUUUGACUGUACUUGUUCUCUUUGUCUAAUAAUUCAAAGUUUAUUCCUGUUAUUCAAUAUUUCUUAAGUGUGUGUACCUCAUGCUAUUUUUGUCUAUUUGCAUUAGGUUGUUAUUUAUAUGUUUUAAAAAUAGCUAAUUGCUAUGGCACACAUCAAAAGCACUACCCUUUAAGCCAAAAGACACGCAAAAUCCUAAAUUUUCCAUUCUGUAUAGGCAAUUCAUCAAUCAAAAAAAAAAAAAAAAAAAUUUAAAUGUCAUGAAAACAUGAAUUACUUACAUUAAAUAAGAUUAAUUAACAUAAUUGUUAAAUCAUUUGAUUAAAAAACCAGUGCAAACUUA